AUGACUGCGAGUCAGCGCCAGUGGUAUGACAAAGUCAAGAAUGCGAGUGGAGAGCUCGAGUUUCGUACGAAUCAGAUUGGCGAUGCUGGAGCGCAGGCGAUGGCCGAGGCUCUCAAAGUGAACACGACGCUGACUGAGCUCUAUUUGUGGUAUGGUCAGGUUGGCGAUGCUGGAGCUCAGGCGUUUGCUGAGGCAUUCAAGGUGAACACGACGUUGACUAAGCUCAAUUUGUUCAAGAAUCAGAUUGGCUGGGCUGGAGCGCAGGCGAUUUUUGAAGCACUUCAAGUGAACACGACGCUUAGUUCUCUCGAUUUGGAGGAGAAUAUGAUUGGCGAUGCUGAAGCGCACGCGAUUGCUGAGACACUCAAAGGGAACACGACGCUGACUUGGCUCAAUUUGGGUGCGAAUCAGAUUGGCGAUGCUGGAGCGCAGGCGAUUGCCGAGGCACUCAAAGUGAACAAGACGCUGGCUAACCUUUUUUUGAGCAACAAUUUCCUAACCAAGGCUGGCAUCACAGCCCUCAAGCAAACUGGCAAUGCCAUUUGUCACUUUGAUGACCCCGGUUAUGGUCGUCUUGACAGCCAGCUUGUUCCAUCGCCUGCCCAUUUUCAGAGUGCGGCCCGUGCUGCAGCGAAUGCUACAAUUGAGCUUUUGCAAUUGCGUUCCAAGCUCGCUGCCAAGGAGCAGGAGCUGCAACAGUUUCGCUCCGUUCUCGCUGUCAACGAGCAGAAGCUCGCUGCCAAGGAUCUUGAACUGAAAUCAGCUCUUGAUCGGAUUGACCUGUUUGAGCGCAAUCAACCCGAUGGACCCAUCUCGCAAGUUCCUCUCGCCACUCUUGUCACCGUCACGAACAAUUUUGCUGCCGACUCUCUGCUCGGCGAAGGAGCAUUUGGUCGCGUGUAUGGCGCAUGUCUGCCUGGCCCUCGUGUUGCCAUCAAAAAGAUGUCCCCCGAAUCGAAGCAAGGCAAUGUUGAAUUCAAGUCGGAACUGGACUCCUUGUCGAAAUUCCGCCACCCCAACAUCAUUGCCAUCCUGUCGUAUGCGGAAGAAGGCGACGAGCGAUGCCUGGUCUACGAAUUCAUGCCAAACGGUUCUGUUCGCGAUCGCUUGAGUCGCAAAAACAACACUCCUUCUCUGACCUGGUCUCAGCGCCAUCGGAUUGCGGCUGAUGUCUCUCGCGGCAUGCACUACGUCCAAACCGCCUUCCCUGACCAUGCACUGUUCCACCUCGACCUCAAGACGGCCAAUGUGCUGUUGGACGCGCAUUUCAACGCGAAAGUGUCUGAUUUUGGUUUGGUUCGUGCUGCUGAGCAUCUCGAUGAGCAGAGCUACCUUCGCACUCAUAGCAUGCAAGGUACAGCUCCUUACAUGUGUCCCGAGUUCUUUGAGGAAGGCCGCAUGACCCUCAAGACGGAUGUCUACGCCUUUGGCAUGAUUCUACUGGAAUUGGUGACUGCGGAGAAGCCUGGCACCAAGCUGAAAUCAAAGGCGCGGAAAGCGGUGACAAACAAAUCCAUUCCUGGCAUGCUGGACUCGACCCUCAAUCCAACCGAAGCCGAGCAUCAGAGCGUCAGCGAGAUUGUCGCUCUUGCCCUCGAGUGUCUUGCCGAUGAAAGUGACGAUCGCCCGUCCUUUGGCAGCAUUCUUGUUCAAUUGAAUCCUUGAUGACAAGCGGACGAUGUUUGAUACUCGUUCUUCACUCUACUCGUGCAUCCUUGCCACACCUGUGUUUGUUUCCCAUGGUUUCGUCUUUUCAUGCGAUUCCAGGUUUGUUGUUGUUGUUGUUGAUGUUGUUAAUGUUGUUGUUGUUUUUCUUUUCAAAGGCGAAGAGUGAUCAGCAGCAUUGGAAAGUACAACCC